AUUAAAUUCAUUUUCAUACAAGCACCAGGCCUUGUUAUGAAAAAGAGGCUAAAGGUAAUUCGGAAAUAGCCCAUUGGCCAAAGUAAACUGGCCAAAGUAAAGGGUUUCUAAAGCAGACGUUUGAAGGGUUAGCCCUCCAGAUCUCAUUUGCUUGAUCUACAUACUUAUGUCAGCAGCAACACCUUGACAAGUAAGUAACUACACCAGGGACAAACACUAUCACUCUUCAAAACCAUUUUUUACUUAAUAGGCAACUAGAUUUUAUCUACUUUCCUACGAAAUACUUGGGAUUAGGGAUCGAAAAUGAUGGUUUUGGUUGAGUAUGUAGUGACGGAAAUGUCUAUCAUGUUCAGAAAUGUGAUACGCUUUGAAACCGUUAUGUUUUAGUGAGGUAUCUGGUGGUUAUCCUAUUUCAAGUCCAUUAAUAAUAAUAUAAUAAAUAUAAUUAUGUGUCAUUGUAACCGAUGUUUCACGGGAAAAAAGGUCUUCAAUGACUUGAAAUCAGUUCUCCUCUGAACAGGCACAUAAGUUGCAUGUUUUUUGUCUGAAAUAUCUAAGCGAACAGAGCCAUAAUUCCUGGGUUAGAGACAAAACCAACCACAAGAUUCCUUUGUUUUAAAAUCCGAUUCUAUGAAUUUGAUAUAAACUUAAGUGAGCAUAAAAACAAACCACACGUCUCGGAUACUUGCUAAUUUUAUGAAGAAUAGUCGAUAAUGUCGGAUGUUACACUAGAGUGAAUUCAACAAAGCUCAACUUUGAAACUUUAGUGCUAUCUUGGAGUAAUUGUGCCAAAAGAGAGCUCGCUCCCGUGACAUUAGCGGUUUAUUUAUUUUAAUCAACUUAGAGCCAAUUCUAAAACAUACUCAGGGCCACAAUUGGUAUAGAAUAACAAAGUUAUCUUUAAAACUCUUCUUCGUACUGGGCCACGCAUGGAUGCACGCGGGAAGUUUGGAGAGCAAUCAAGAAGCUUAAGUUGCUCUCGGCUGUGCCUUCAGCAACUAUAACGCUUCCCUGGUGCUUUCCAAAUCUCCUGCGUGUAUUCAUAACUCGAUCUACGAACAGCUAAAAGCAUGACUUGUGCUGGAAGAAAGAGUUUUUUAAAAUAUCACUAUUGUGUCGGGUUUCCCAGGUAAUCGCGAUCUACCCGAAAGCUAUGACUUUAUGAUAAGGCAAAGACGACCAAGAAAUAUAUUAGACCAAAAAUGUAUUUGGAGAAUUUUAAGUAUGAUGAUAAAAAGCUUAAAGAGAAAAACGAAUUUUUUGCAUGUGCGUGACCACGUCGUAGAUUCAACAUGCUUGAAUCGUUGUUUACUAGAAUUCACGGCCAGAAAAUUGUGUAGGUUUGUGAUGAAAAUUCUGAAAUUGUACGGUUUGAAAUUAAUAUCAUCUAUUUAACAAUACUUUUGGGGCAUAGCAAGAUUUAAAAGCAAUACUCACUGUUCGAAAAACAAAGCGAAAAACGUACGAAUUUUUUGUCUUUACGAGACCCGCCAAGUUGAUUCGCCUUACUUGAAUUUGUGUUUACUAGAAGUUACGACUCGAAAAUUGCAAGGCUUUGCGCUGAAAUUUUUGAAAAACGUACGAUUUAGGUCAAAAUCUCCUAUUUAAAAUUACUUUUGGGACAUGUCAAUACUUAAAAUAAUAUUUACCGUUCUAAAGAAUUGACCCCUACGUCGCAAAGCCUCACUUGAAGUCAGAGAGAGGACUUACAUUCUCAUAAGUUUUGUUUAGUAUAUCUGCUUUUCAUUUUGAGCUCCAAAAGGUCUAUCUCAAUCAAGGAGGAAUGGAAACAAAAUUUUGAAAGGUUUGAAACCUGGUGGCUAUACUCAACGGGCACUUGCAGCUAAAAUAAGGUGAAACUGCACACGUCGUGUUAUGGAUGCAUGGCAGUGCGUACAUAAGGAUUUUUUUACCAUAGUAGCUUCUUAGGAAUUACGUAGGACUUGCCCCCUUUAUAUGUUAUAAGAAAAUUGGGGAGUUGGCUCAUGCUUAGCGUGCGUAUAUCGAGUUAUGAAUGUACGCGGGAAGUUUGGAAAGCACGAGAUAAGCGUAAGAGUUACUCUCGGCCGCGCCUCGAGCAACUUUAGCUUCUUGAGUGCUCUCUAAACUUUCCAAGAGCAUCCAUAACUCGAUAUACGCAUAACUAAAAGCACGAACCAGCUCUUUUAUAACAUAACGGACUCAACCCGUGCUUGAAGAAAGAGUUUUAUCACUAUUGUGUCGAGUUUACCACUUAAUCGCGAUCCGGCCCAAAAACUAUGAAUAAAAGAAAAGGCAAAAACGACCAAAAAAAUAUUUCGAGACCAAAAUUUUAUUUCAAAAAUGCAAAUUUGCUUAAGACGCUAAAAAACAAACGAAUUUCUUGCAUACUGAAGACUGCGUAGUAGAUUCAGUUUGCUUAAAUCUUUGUUUAAUGGAACUCACCGCCAGUAAAUUGCGUAAGUUUGUGAUGGAAAUCGUGAAUUUGUACCAUUCUAAAAUUAAAAUAUCCUAUUGAAUUCUGCUUUAGGGCAUAUCAACAUUUUAAAAUAAUAUUCACCGUUUGAAAAACGAAGCGAAAAAGGUACGCAUUUCUUGCGUUUACAAGACCCGUGUCAUAUGUUAGAAUAAUUGUUACUACACUUUGCAAUCCUAUGACUCACCAAACGACACUUUCCUCUCGGACACAAGGCCUUAAAUGUAUCUCUUAAAUUCCCUUAUACAGAUCGACAGGAAUCAACGAAAGGAAACGACAUGUUUGGAUCAUUGGUCCUGUUACCUUCAGCUUUCCUGCUGUUUAUGGUUUUCAUAACCGGGGAAACAGGUGGGUCCAUCGACAAUUUUUUUAAUUAAAUUGUGACGCGAAGAGUUUCUUGAACAAAUACAUCGAGAAGCCUCGACUGUGCUUUGUUCUGUUGUAAAGCACGUAGAAAGCGGUUAGAGCACGAAAGAAGAGCAGGGAGAAACACUAAUGGUAGUCGAGUGUUUCUCCCUACUUCUUGAGUCAAAGCACUCCAUUUGUUUUAUAGUAAAGAAUCCGUUAAACUCCCCAGGCAUCACAUUCAAUUUUCAGAGCAAAGUUUAUUUCUAAAGCGAACAACAGUGUCGUAAGCUUGCUCUUUACCCUCAUAAAGCACGCAACAACAAGCCAAUUACAAUCCUUGUUAGAAUGGUUUAAAUAAACUGAUUGGUCGCAUAUCUGCAAUAAUUCACAAACUGAAAUAGAUCGGCAGGUCAAAUUUAACACUUUUUCCGAAAGGUUUUUAGUUUUAAUACUGAAUCUAAAAGUGAAAUGUGCAGUGAGAUUCGGUCGAAUUGUGGCUCAUAAAAAACUCCUCUUUUUUUCAUGACAAUUAGAAAACAAAUUGCUCAAAUUAUUAUUCAUUUAUGAAUGAACGACAGCCGAAUUCACAGGAAUAGGGGCACACUUCUUUUCUUACCACAAAGCUUGCGUUUUCCGUAUCCAAAUUGAAGAAAGCCUAAUGGUAAUGAUGUUGUUUUUGCCUUCAUUGUGCAGGCUAAACUUUCUCUUGAGCUUCAUCGUGAUUUCAGCUUGGAUUCCUUGUAUCACCGCGCUCAUUGAUUCGGUCGCACUCGCCGGUUUUUCGCCGGUUGUUCGCCGGUUGUUCGCCGGUUGUUCGCGCUUUUUGACCGGUUUAUUGAGAAUCAGCGAAUUGAUUUUCAAAGUAAGUGAUAAAUGUCUAGGUCGCUCUCCUAAACCUAAUAAACGGUUAUGCCAUAACAGCCAUAGAGCACAUCUUCGAAGGUUUUAAAUCGGUGCCAACCCACUUUAGAUGCUAAAAGAACACUCGAAAGUUAAAAAAGCACCCGCCCCACGGCUGAUGAGUUUUGAUUUAUCACGUUAUAGAACCAAGGAAAAUGCGUUUGUUUGAUUCAUUUCUCGCUCAAGAUUAGUCAAUGUAAAAACAGGUUAUGGCGAGUAAUAAGGAAAUUACCUGUUUUACCCUCUCGUAAUUCAAGUUUUUCAAGUUAGAUAAUGCACGAUAAUUUCUGAAAUACUAAAAAUAAUCAAGGUUAGUUUGUUUGCCGCAGUUAUUAUUGAAAAUGCCGGUAAAUUCAGAUAACUCAUUGGAACAUUUUUAGUCAAAAGAAAUGUUUUUUUUUUUUUCUGUCGUGUCACAAGUGUGUGACAAAAAGAAAUUCCAAAUCUUCAAGGAGUCAAACCUUAUACCGACGGAUUCCGCACCCUGAUGGUUGAGACCAGAUUUUUAAAGCAAAUUGAGUGUUUUUGUCUGGUUAGGGGUAUUUUUAAAAAUUGAAAUUGUUUUUAAAACGACGUUUCGAUGUGUAUCUCUUGUCUUCUCAAGGUAUUGUAUUAAAAAUCAAUAUUGGGGAUCGUUGUUUUGCUUGGUGAACGAACUCUGAGGCAUACUGAACAUACAAUAACAUUCUAUCUAAUGCUCUCGGUCGAUUCAAUUUUUUUGCAGUAGUGAACGUGAAUAAUCCGAUUUCUCCGAAAGAGUACCAAGCUAAGAUUCGAGCAGGAUUUUCCACAAAUUGGUUCAAAUCGAAGCCGCCACUGAAAAAGUACUCGGAACAGAACAUCAUAGACGUCCAUGAGAAAGGCUUUAGUAACUUAAGGCUUCGAUGCAGGGCAGAUCUGUACUCAUACGACUUCUCCACUGUCGAAUUCAAACGGUUUCUUGGCUCUCUGACGACCGUUGUCGACGAUUGUCUGAAACACGAUGUGAUUCCAAUUAUCUCCUGGAUACACCACCACGCAGAAGCCUACGCUACAGAGGAGGAUCGUGUCGCCUAUGUUGGUUGGUGGACAGCUGUGGCACGCCAGUUAAAGGACAAGGACUACAGACUGAGUUUUAAUCUCUUCACAGAACUUGGAAUUGACACUUGUAAAGAGGAAGGGAAAAGUUGUGACAGAAGUCUUCGCAGGAGAACAGACAAAUACAACGAGUGGACAAAAGAUGUAACAAAAGCGAUUCGAGGUACGGGUGGAAAUAACACAAAGCGAAUACUCAUUCUUGGGUCACCAGGAAAAACUGCCAAGGACUUACCUAAAAUCGAUUCAGAAAUUUACAAAAAUGAUCGGUAUAUGAUGGUUGAAUGGCAUCUUUAUGCUUCAGGGCCAAACAAAGAGAAGGAUUCCCAAAAGUAUUGGAGUGGUGAUGGUAAAUCUGGAGGCCAAGCAAAUGUCGAAGAAGCAAUUAGCUACGCGACGAGUUUUUCGAACAAGACUGGUCUGCUGACCUAUCUUGGUGCUUGGAUGCCUCACGAUAACGCAAACGGAAGCAUAACAGAAACAGAAGCCAUAAAAUUUGCCCGUUUCUUUGUUAAGGAGCUGCGUAAGGAGAACAUACCGUGGUCCCUGAACGUUCUGGACAACUAUUACGACACCAAGGAAAGCAAAUGGCGGACAGAGACUCAAGUCAUCAAAGGUCAGCAGUUAAAGAUGGCCAAGAUUUUGAACAAUAUUCGUAAAGAAAUGCCAAAGGCUACUUAUUAGUUAACUUUACAUCGGUACAUUUGAGCUACUUUAUUAAGUAAGCCCAGAUCGUGUCAACCAUUGUUUUGUUCAAAAAGUAAUAAGUUAGAGUAAUUUUAGUCGUGUUUUGGGCAUUUUGUAGUCUGUAUGAAAACUUCAGUCAAGGACUUAGAAUGAUGCAAACUGCUGAAGAAUCAUAAUAAAUCGUUUUAAAAGGAGUAUUGACGCAUUCGUUUUCUGCAUAAAUCAUCAUGUUGGGAG